AUGGGGGAUGAGGUGGAGCGGGUGAUCAAGCACAGGGACAUGGAGGGCGUCCCCACCAACCCCACCCGGCCCUGGGACUCGCGCGAGUUCUACGUCAAGUGGGCCCGGAACUCGUACCUGCACUGCUCCUGGGACACACUGGGCACGCUGAGCCAGCUGGCCGGCUUCAAGCGCGUGCUCAACUACUGCCGGCGCGUGGACGAGGCGCGCGCGCGUCGCGCCGCGCUCUCCGCCGAGGAGCGCGAGCUUUCAGACCUGCAGGCCGCGCUGCAGGAGCAGCUGGAGGAGGAGCACUCGCGCGCCCUGGCCGAGCAGCCGGCCUUCCUGCGCGGCGGCCGCCUGCGCGACUACCAGCUGGACUCCCUCAACUGGCUGUCCUACUCCUGGGCGCGCGGCGUCAACUGCAUUCUGGCCGACGAGAUGGGGCUGGGCAAGACGGUGCAGUGCGCCGCGCUGAUGGGCUGGCUGGCCCUUGCCCAGCGUGUCUCCGGGCCCUUCCUGGUGGUCGUCCCCCUCUCUGUGGUCCCCAACUGGGUCCGGGAGUUCGACAAGUGGGUGCCGCAGCUGGACACCGUGAUGGUGAUCAAGGACGCCGCCAUCCUGCGCCCCAUCCGCUGGAACUACCUGGUGGUGGACGAGGCGCAUCGCCUGAAGAAUGAGGACUCGGCGCUGUACCGUGAGCUGGCCGCCUGGAGCUUCAAGUCCAAGCUCCUGAACAACAUCCGUGAGCUCUGGGCCCUGCUCUCUUUCCUGGAGCCGGCCAAGUUCCCCAGCGCGGAGGAGUUUAUCGCCAAGUACGACACCACCGACUCCGAGCAGGUGGGGAAGCUGCACGCCAUCCUGCGCCCGCACCUGCUGCGCCGGGUGAUCAAGGACGUGGAGAGGUCGCUGCCACCCAAGACGGAGCGCAUCCUGCGCGUCGGCAUGACGCCGCUGCAGAAGCAGUACUACAAGUGGAUCCUGUCCAGGAACUACCAGGAGCUGAACAAGGCGAGUGAAGGCUCCAAGGCUCAGCUGACGCUGCUGAACAUCAUCAUGGACCUGAAAAAGUGCUGCAACCACCCCUUCCUCUUUGACUCGGCCGAGGAGAUAUACCGUCGCAAGGCCCAGUCCGACAUGGACGAGGCCUCGCGCCUGGUGCUGACCUCCGGCAAGAUGGUGCUGCUGGACAAGUUGCUGAAGCGACUGUAUGAGUCAGGGCACCGGGUGCUGGUCUUCAGCCAGAUGGUGAGGGUGCUGGACAUCCUGGCCGACUACUGCCGCCUGCGCGGCUACAGCACGCAGCGCUUGGAUGGGUCAACCCCAGCCCAGGCCCGGCAUGCCGCCAUGGAGGCCUUCAACGCCCCGGGCUCGAAGGACUUUGCGUUCCUGCUGUCCACCCGUGCAGGGGGCCUGGGCAUCAAUCUGGCCACGGCCGACACCGUCAUCAUCUUCGACUCAGACUGGAAUCCCCAGAACGACCUGCAAGCCAUGAGCCGGGCCCACCGCAUCGGCCAGAAGGACACGGUGAACAUCUACCGCUUCGUGACCUCCGGGUCGGUGGAGGAGGACAUCCUGGAGAGGGCGAAAGCCAAGAUGGUGCUGGACCACCUGGUCAUUCAGCGCAUGGACACCUCCGGCCGCACGGUCCUGGGCGGACCCCAGGGCGGGCAGUCGGGCACCAAGCUGUUUGGAAAGGACGAAAUGGCCGCCAUCCUGCGCUUCGGGGCGGAGGACCUGUUCAAGGAGGACGAGGCGGCCACAGCCUCCCAGGGCCAGGCGCUGUAUGAAGAGGAUAUCGACGCCAUCCUGGCCCGGUCUGAGGUGGUGGCCAGCGCCAAGGGGGCCGAGGGCGGGCCCGGGGCGGAGCUGCUGGGCGCCUUCAACGUCGCCACCUUCCAGACCUCGGAGAGCGACGCGGAGUUCUGGAAGCGGCUCAUACCGGAGUCGGAGGCCGCCGAGGCCAGCCAGGCGGCGCAGGGUGAGGAGGAGCCGGGCAUCCGAACAGCGCGGCUGCGGUUGCUGGAACCAGGCGGCAAGUCGCUCGCCGAGGAGGAUGACAAUGAGGACGGGGAGGAGGGUGAAGCCCCGGCCUGGAAUCCGGGUCCGAGAAAGAAGGGCAAGGCCGCCAAGGCCGCCGCCAGCGUGGAGGGAGCGCAUGCCCGGAUCUCACGCUGGCCGCCGCCGGUGGACGCCGCGGGGUUUGCGCCAGACCAAGCGGCGGUGGGGCCCCCGCCCUCCGGCUGGCCCUCCGCGCUUUCUAAGAAAGACGCCACGGCCUUCCUCCGUGCCGCACGCCGCUACCUGCACCCCGGCAGGCUGGCCGAGAUGGCAGCUGACACGGGGGGCCUGCUGGCUGCUGCCCCUCAGGAUGCGGUGCGGGCGCUCUGGUUUGGGCUGCGUAAGGGCUGUCGCGACGCAAUCGAGGCAGCCGCCGCGCAGGCGGGGCCGUCGCCGUCUGGCAGCGAGCGGGCGCCGGAGGCCCACCUGGACUUUUUCGGGGUAGAUGUCAAGGCCGCCGAGUUUGAGCACAUGGCCGUCGGCAUGUUCCUGCUGAAUAGCAAGCUGGCUGGGGCGGGGGGGCGUGGCCAGCCCGGCGGCUUCCGGCUGGAGCCGGGGGAGACCGCGCCGCAGACGCAGUGGAUGAAGGCGUGCGGCUGGGGCGCAGCCCAGGAUGCAUGCCUGCUGGUGGGCGUCCACCGACAUGGCAUCGGGCACUGGGACAGGCUGAUUGAGGACCCGGAGCUGGGUCUGGAGCCAUGGCUGGUGAACGCCGUGGGGCCGCCCAGCGCGGAGGGGAGGGAGGCCGGCGCAGCCAUGCCCAAAGCAUCUUUCCUGGAGACGAGAGUGCAUGCACUACUGCGCCAGCUGGAGAAGAUGCACCGGCGGCCUGUCAAGGCUGCGCCGGCACGGCGGCCGGGGUCCGCAUCGCCGGCGCCCAAGCGCGCCCCCGGCAGCGCACACCCUGCAGGAAAGAAGGGCGCCGGGGGCCCGUCGCCCCUAACCCUGGAGCAGGCCGAGACCUUGCUGGGCGGGGAGACCAUGACGCUGGUGCGAAAGCUACGGACCUUGGAGCGCAAGGGCGCCGAAAUGGCCGCCAGCCUCGUGGCGAUGAAGACAAAAAAAUAUUUGGGCGAUGUGGGCCGAAGGGUGGACGAGGUCGCAGGGGCCAGCAACGACCCACACCUGAAGGCCCGCCUGUGGGCCACAGUCUCCCUGUUCUCAGAGAACAAAUUCACUGGUGACAAGCUGGCCGAGGAGGCGGCGCGCCUGCAGAAGCCAUAG